AGUCGGAGCAGAGGGAACAGAGAGGGAUGAGAGCGAGGGAGGAGAGAGAGAGUGAGAGACUGAGCGAGAAAGCUGGAGCGGAGCAAAAAGAAACUGCCAGUGACGACUAGAUUCCGGAGGUCCCUGCACCCCCUUGGACUCCUUCGGAACUUGGCACCCUCGGGGAGCCCCGCAAUCCUCUAGGCCCGGCUUUCGGGAGCUUGCGGUGCGGCCAGUGCCUGGCUCGCUGGAAAUCUCCCCGGAAAACUGUGGGACGCGGAGACAGCAGCUCUCUCCCGGUAGCCGGUAACGGGGAAUGGAGACCAACUGCCGCAAACUAGUGUCGGCGUGUGUGCAAUUAGGCGUGCAGCCGGCGGCCGUUGAAGGCCUCUUCUCCAAAGACUCCGAAAUCAAAAAGGUCGAGUUCACGGACUCUCCCGAGAGCCGGAAAGAGGUGGCCAGCAGCAAGCUCUUCCCGCGGCAGCAUCCUGGCACCAAUGAGAAAGAUAAGGGCCAGCAGGGAAAGAAUGAGGACUUGGGAGCCGAAGACCCGUCCAAAAAGAAGCGGCAGCGGCGGCAGCGGACUCAUUUCACCAGCCAGCAGCUACAGGAACUGGAGGCAACUUUCCAGAGGAACCGCUACCCGGACAUGUCCACGCGCGAAGAAAUCGCAGUGUGGACCAACCUUACGGAAGCCCGAGUCCGGGUUUGGUUCAAGAAUCGCCGGGCCAAAUGGAGAAAGCGGGAACGCAACCAGCAGGCUGAGCUGUGCAAGAACGGCUUCGGGCCGCAGUUCAACGGGCUCAUGCAGCCCUACGACGACAUGUACCCGGGCUAUUCGUACAACAACUGGGCCGCCAAGGGCCUCACAUCGGCCUCCCUGUCCACCAAGAGCUUCCCUUUCUUCAACUCUAUGAACGUCAACCCCUUGUCCUCUCAGAGCAUGUUCUCCCCCCCCAACUCCAUCUCCUCCAUGAGCAUGUCGUCCAGCAUGGUGCCCUCGGCGGUGACCGGCGUCCCCGGCUCCAGCCUCAACAGCCUGAAUAACUUGAACAACCUGAGCAGCCCAUCGCUGAAUUCCGCGGUGCCCACGCCCGCCUGUCCUUACGCGCCGCCGACUCCUCCGUACGUUUAUAGGGACACGUGUAACUCGAGCCUGGCCAGCCUGAGACUGAAAGCAAAGCAGCACUCCAGCUUCGGCUAUGCCAGCGUGCAGAACCCGGCGUCCAACCUGAGCGCUUGCCAGUACGCUGUGGACCGGCCGGUGUGAGCUGCGCCCGCAGCGCCUGGAUCCUGGGACCGUGCAGGACGGGGCAACUCUGCCCUUAAAAGACUGGGAAUUACGCUAGAAGGUCGUGGGCACUAAAGGAAGGGACAGAAAGAGAAGAUAGAGAAAAAGGAAACCACUGAAUUGAAGGGGGAGCUCCCUUGAUUUCAAAGGAAUUUCCUCAAUGUCUGACAUCUUUCACUAAAAGUAUUUCCAAUAGUUGCAAGGACACACACAAAUGUUUGACUGGAUAUGACAUUUUAACAUUACUAUAAGCUUGUUAUUUUUUUUAAGUUUAGCAUUGUUAACAUUAAAAUGACUGAAAGGGUGUAUAUAUAUCGAAAUGUCAAAUUAAUUUUAUAAAAAGCAGUUGUUAGUAAUAUCAAAACAGUGUUUUUAAAGGUUAGGCUUUAAAAUAAAGCAUGUUAUACAGAAGCGAUUAGAAUUUUUCGCUUUCGAGCAAAGGAAUGUAUAUACUAAAUACCACACUGUAUGUUUCUAACAUAUUAUUAUUAUUAUUAAAAAUGUGUGAAUAUCAGUUUUAGAAUAGUUUCUCUGGU